AUGGGCAAUUACGGCGUCGGACAGAUAUGGGAACACACCAAAUCAAUAUUCGCGAGAAAACGCUAUCAGGGGGUCUCGCAUAUUGGUCAAGGUCAGAAUGAUGACCAAGUGGAGCUUGUCAACGCCCCCAGUCUUCGAUCCCAACCCUCCGCAUUCUCGCUCUCCUCCUCCUUAACCUCCUUCUCGGACUUCGCCCGUCAAUCAACCUUUGCCAGCAAAUCUUCCAUAAAAAAGCGACCCUCCAACGAAGAUGUCACCUUCCUAGAAAUAGGCAGUGGUGCCGCCGGAGACGAACAAUCCUCACACCGCAAAGGAGAUCAAAAAUUAGAAGAUCGGAAAGCACAAUGGAUUGAUGGAGUCUACAUGUGUGCCAAGGCCGGGACCAUUGUAUUCCUCCUAAACCUGAUAUUCAUCGCCGUCGCAGCGGGACUAGCGAGCCGAUUCCCAGAGAAUCCUGCGUUUGGAAGCUCCGCGGUGAUUUACCGGGGUAGUUGCGGGGUGUGUAAGAGAUGGGACACAGCCUUGCAUUUGAUUAUCAACGUUCUCAGUACGUGUAUUCUUGCCGCGAGCAAUUAUUGUAUGCAGACUCUUGUGGCUCCCACGAGGGAGGAAGUUGAUGCUCAUCACGCGGAGUGGAAAUGGCUUGAUAUUGGCAGUGCGAGCGUCAAUAAUCUUUUCGCUAUUGAAAAGUCGAGAUUGGGCCUUUGGCUUGUUUUGUUGUUCACUGCUACGCCUUUUCAUUUGAUGUAUAACUCGAUGGUUUUUGAAUCCUUAUCAACGAAUCAGUUUGGCGUUGUUGUCGGUCCUAAGGAUCUCAACUCGUCAAAUGUGCACGAACUGACGACUCCAGCUCUCGCAGAUCCUACUAUCGCAUCCUCUACUUUCACGUCCCAAAUGCGCUGGCCCACAUUUAUCGAGGAAAUUGCAAACGAGAACUACGACCGCAUCUCUGUGUCGGAGUGUUCGGCCAAGGUCAAGACAACCGCAACAGGAAUCCGAGGAAUCGUUGCGCUUGCAUCAAAUCUAACUGUCAGCUUGGGAGGCGAUUCCGCCAUACUAAUGACUCUUGUCGAUAACACCGACAUCCAGACAUCGGCUACUUACUUCCACGGCGAUAAUUUGGAAGCAAACCUCUAUGCCAAUCAAACUGUCUACAAGGGCUCGAACGCCACCUGUCUCGCUUACAACGAUGUGCGUUCGACGUUUUACGACGAAACAACUGGGGAGGUGAUGCAAAAUUAUUUUGGCACCACCGUCAUGCCUAUUGAGGAGUGUCUCGUUAUCCGGGCCGAGGAACAUUGCCAAUUACUCUAUAGUCCGCCUAUCUGCCUGACCAUUAUGCUUGCCGCAUUUGCGAAAAUCGCGGCCAUGUUUCUAGCAGCACAUAUUGGUCGCUCGCGUUCGCCACCUCUGCUUACUGUUGGUGAUGCCGUGGCAUCUUUCAUGGAAAAGCCCGAUCCUACGACUAAGGGUCUUUGUUGGAUUGCGGGAGCCGAUGUGAGAAGGGGUGGCUGGGCUAAGGUUACCAAGGCUGGUUUCCAGGCUGUUCUGCAGAAUGAACAGAGCGAUCCUAUCGCUUAUAGGCGUCUCAAAAAGAGGAGCUUCUGGGGUAGAGCGGCUAGUGGGUGGCGAUGGCUUGCAACUCUUUUCAUGUGCUUUCUCUGCAUUAUUGUCGGAAGUUUGCUCUUCAGCCUUUCCCUUAGUGCUGGCAUGUACGGCGGCACAAAGUGGAUAAGUGCCAACACAUUCAAGAACUGGUUCAGCUCAGACGUCGACAUGUCUGAUGAUAACAUAAUCGGUGGUAACUCUAUGGGCUUGACCAUGCUAGCCUCCGUGGUCAUCGCCAACACACCGCAGCUGGCAAUCACCAUCAGCUACUACUGCUACAAUGCCGUGCUAACCAGCAUGCUAGCCGCGGGAGAAUACAGCUCGUACGGUGCCAGUUCUAAGGCACUGCGUGUCACUUGGCCCGUCAAGGGCAGCCAACAACGCUCAACUUACUGGCUCAGCAUCCCAUAUAAAUACGGUGUGCCAAUUCUGGUGCUCUACAUGACCCUGCACUGGCUCGUCUCGCAGAGCAUUUUCUACCUCCUUUUGAUCACAUACGAUCCGGCAAAUGAACCCGUCCCAGGACUUGAAAUCAGCUCUCUCGGCUAUUCCUCCAGCCCGAUCUUCCUGUCCAUCAUUGUCGGUUCAAUUAUGGUGCUUGUCCUUAUUGUGCUAGCGUUCCGGAAAUUCAAAUCCACCGUACCCGUCACUGGGUCCACUAGUGUUGCUAUCAGCGCAGCUUGCCACCUCCCCAGGGACGAGGUUGGAGAAACGGCUGUUUUAGGUCUGGUAAAAUGGGGAGAGACUACGAUGUCACCCGACUGGGCGAUGGGGAGUUUUGGGGGUAUAGAUGAUGGGCAAAAGGGUCAUUGCAGCUUUACUUCGUUGGAAACGAAGAAACCUACUUUGAUGAAACUGUACGCUUAA